CGUCGUUUAUGCUGAGAAGGAUUCGAAAUCGAUUGUCGAAAAAAACUCAAGUCGAUCAACAAAAUGUCGGAUAAACAAAAUGCUCAAAAAAGUGCUAAAAUAGCAGCUGGCGCCGUGGUGUGCGUCGAAAGCGAGAUCAGAGGGGAUGUCACUAUUGGUGCCAGAACCGUGGUCCAUCCCAAAGCCCGCAUCAUUGCCGAGGCAGGACCCAUAGUCAUCGGAGAAGGCAACCUCAUCGAGGAACAAGCUCUUAUAAUCAACAGUUAUCCAGAGAACAUAGCGCCUGACUCUGAGGGAGUGGAGCCAAAGACGAUGACCAUCGGCAUCAACAACGUGUUUGAAGUUGGGUGUAUGUCUCAAGCUUUGAAAAUUGGGGACAACAAUGUCAUAGAAUCCAAAGCUGACUUGGGCAGGAACAUGAUUCUAACUUCUGGUUGUAUCAUCGGCGCCUGUUGCCAGGUCAACACCUGUGAGGUCAUACCUGAAAACACUGUCAUCUUUGGCUCGGGGUGUCAGAGACGUGUGCAGACAGAGCGACCACAGCCUCAGACUCUUCAGCUCGACUUCCUGAUGAAGAUCCUCCCCAACUACCACCACAUGAAGAAGACUGUCAAAACCACCUCCGCUGUCACGCCGGCCAAAAACUAAACCCCACCAGCUCCCGGGCCAAAAAAUGUACCUCUCUGGCAGACAGCGAACGAAGGAAUCUCUUACUACUCAAUAUGUACUGCCACUACUUUAACAAGAAUCUAAAGAAUGUCACUGAACUGUUCUCCUUGUCUCACCACACCGAGGUCCAGUUUCCCAGACCCAGCAGGAUUUAAAUAGUUUUGUCCAUGAUGAGGCGUGACCGGUGACUGGGAAACUGCCCCUUCGUAGUGGAAGUCCUAUAUGAUGAGGCGUGACCGGUGACUGGGAAACUGCCCCUUCGUAGUGGAAGUCCUAUAUGAUGAGGCGUGACCGGUGACUGGGAAACUGCCCCUUCGUAGUGGAAGUCCUAUAUGAUGAGGCGUGACCGGUGACUGGGAAACUGCCCCUUCGUAGUGGAAGUCCUAUAUGAUGAGGCGUGACCGGUGACUGGGAAACUGCCCCUUCGUAGUGGAAGUCCUAUAUGAUGAGGCGUGACCGGUGACUGGGAAACUGCUCCUUCGUAGUGGAAGUCCUAUAUGAUGAGGCGUGACCGGGAAACUGCCCCUUCGUAGUGGAAGUCCUAUAUGAUGAGGCGUGACCGGUGACUGGGAAACUGCCCCUUCGUAGUGGAAGUCUUAUAUGAUGAGGCGUGACCGGUGACUGGGAAACUGCCCCUUCGUAGUGGAAGUCCUAUAUGAUGAGGCGUGACCAGUGACUGGGAAACUGCCCCUUCGUAGUGGAAGUCCUAUAUGAUGAGGCGUGACCGGUGACUGGGAAACUGCCCCUUCGUAGUGGAAGUCCUAUAUGAUGAGGCGUGACCGGUGACUGGGAAACUGCUCCUUCGUAGUGGAAGUCCUAUAUGAUGAGGCGUGACCGGGAAACUGCCCCUUCGUAGUGGAAGUCCUAUAUGAUGAGGCGUGACCGGUGACUGGGAAACUGCCCCUUCGUAGUGGAAGUCCUAUAUGAUGAGGCGUGACCUGUGACUGGGAAACUGCCCCUUCGUAGUGGAAGUCCUAUAUGAUGAGGCGUGACCGGUGACUGGGAAACUGCCCCUUCGUAGUGGAAGUCCUAUAUGAUGAGGCGUGACCGGUGACUGGGAAACUGCCCCUUCAUAAUGGAAGUCCUAUAUGAUGAGGCGUGACCGGUGACUGGGAAACUGCCCCUUCGUAGUGGAAGUCCUAUAUGAUGAGGCGUGACCGGUGACUGGGAAACUGCCCCUUCGUAGUGGAAGUCCUAUAUGAUGAGGCGUGACCGGUGACUGGGAAACUGCCCCUUCAUAAUGGAAGUCCUAUAUGAUGAGGCGUGACCGGUGACUGGGAAACUGCCCCUUCGUAGUGGAAGUCCUAUAUGAUGAGGCGUGACCGGUGACUGGGAAACUGCCCCUUCGUAGUGGAAGUCCUAUAUGAUGAGGCGUGACCGGUGACUGGGAAACUGCCCCUUCGUAGUGGAAGUCCUAUAUGAUGAGGCGUGACCGGUGACUGGGAAACUGCUCCUUCGUAGUGGAAGUCCUAUAUGAUGAGGCGUGACCGGGAAACUGCCCCUUCGUAGUGGAAGUCCUAUAUGAUGAGGCGUGACCGGUGACUGGGAAACUGCCCCUUCGUAGUGGAAGUCCUAUAUGAUGAGGCGUGACCGGGAAACUGCCCCUUCGUAGUGGAAGUCCUAUAUGAUGAGGCGUGACCGGUGACUGGGAAACUGCCCCUUCGUAGUGGAAGUCCUAUAUGAUGAGGCGUGACCGGGAAACUGCCCCUUCGUAGUGGAAGUCCUAUAUGAUGAGGCGUGACCGGUGACUGGGAAACUGCCCCUUCGUAGUGGAAGUCCUAUAUGAUGAGGCGUGACCUGUGACUGGGAAACUGCCCCUUCGUAGUGGAAGUCCUAUAUGAUGAGGCGUGACCGGUGACUGGGAAACUGCCCCUUCGUAGUGGAAGUCCUAUAUGAUGAGGCGUGACCGGUGACUGGGAAACUGCCCCUUCAUAAUGGAAGUCCUAUAUGAUGAGGCGUGACCGGUGACUGGGAAACUGCCCCUUCGUAGUGGAAGUCCUAUAUGAUGAGGCGUGACCGGUGACUGGGAAACUGCCCCUUCGUAGUGGAAGUCCUAUAUGAUGAGGCGUGACCGGUGACUGGGAAACUGCCCCUUCGUAGUGGAAGUCCUAUAUGAUGAGGCGUGACCGGUGACUGGGAAACUGCCCCUUCGUAGUGGAAGUCCUAUAUGAUGAGGCGUGACCGGUGACUGGGAAACUGCUCCUUCGUAGUGGAAGUCCUAUAUGAUGAGGCGUGACCGGGAAACUGCCCCUUCGUAGUGGAAGUCCUAUAUGAUGAGGCGUGACCGGUGACUGGGAAACUGCCCCUUCGUAGUGGAAGUCCUAUAUGAUGAGGCGUGACCGGUGACUGGGAAACUGCCCCUUCGUAGUGGAAGUCCUAUAUGAUGAGGCGUGACCGGUGACUGGGAAACUGCCCCUUCGUAGUGGAAGUCCUAUAUGAUGAGGCGUGACCGGUGACUGGGAAACUGCUCCUUCGUAGUGGAAGUCCUAUAUGAUGAGGCGUGACCGGGAAACUGCCCUUCGUAGUGGAAGUCCUAUAUG